AUGGGUCGCACCCUUACCUGGAUGCUAUUCGCGCUAGAUGCCCACCCGGAGGCAGCCGCCAAGCUGGAGGAGGAGCUGCGGAGUCACGACCCUGUCUUGGCGGCCUUCUUAGCCCUCCAUGGAAGCCAUGAGGCCUUGUCCUCCCUGCCGUACCUGGACGCGUUCGUACGAGAGUGCCUGCGCAUGUUCAGCGUCGCACCCAACGGCGCCGUCAAAGUCCUACCGCCGGAGUCCCCGCCGACUCGCAUAGGGCCCUACGAGGUGGAGCCGGGUACGACAGUUUGGGUGCCGUUUUGGAGCCUGCACCUCUCGGAGCGCAACUGGGAACGGCCGCUGGAGUUCCAACCGGAGCGAUGGAUGAACCUCAAUCCCCGCACCGGCUUCAUUACCAGCAGCAGUAGCAGCAGCAGUAGCAGUAGCGGCAGCAGCAACGGCGCAUCAGGAAGUGGCGACACCAGCGGCACCGCCGUCACCACUUUUGCUGCCCGCUGCCCCGUUGCGGCCGCUGCCGCCACCACCACCAGGGACGUUGGCGGUGCGCACCAUCACCAGGGGGUUUCAUUGAACAACAACAGCAGUAGCAGUUGUAGUGAUAAUAGCGGCAGUAGCAGCAGUAGCAAGGCAACCCGCUACAUGCCGUUCAGUGAGGGGAGUCGCAACUGUGUCGGGCAGCAUCUGGGUAUGCUGCAGAUCAAGGCCGUACUGUCGUACCUGUUUAGUCGGUUCCGUUUUCGGUUGGACGAUCAACGGAUGGGCGGUGUGGAGGGGGCGUUGGCGCGGCAACGUGUCAACCUUACCUUGGAGGUGGAGGGGGGCAUGUGGAUGGCGGCCGAGCUGAGGAGUCCCAGGCGAGGGCAGCAGCAACAAGUGGGAAACGCGGCUGUAGCAGCAGCAGGAGCAGGAGCAGGAGCCAGCUAA